AUGAUUUGCACCAAAUGUGACACCAUAGGAACGGUAGCUUUUCUCUUCCGUAAUGUUUCGCAACAAACGUCUAACAACCCUGAUAUGGACGAUAUGAUUAAUAUUAGCGAGUCGGGAGGACAGGCAUUUAAAUAUAUCUUCAAUUAUAAUGACGAUAAAAAUAAUAACAAUAAGUCGAAAAUAGACUUUAAUAGCAAACCCUAUAGCGAUAUAUUAGCCAAUAAUUUGGUGGCAAAUGUCAUAAAAGAUGGUAAACUCGGGACUUAUAGACACAUUAAACUGUCCGCCGAUUACGACAAAUGUCUGUCAAGUGAUUAUUACUUAAACUCUGGACAAUCUCGAGAUUUGUCUGGUAUUCAGUGGUACGACGCCAGACAGAUACCGGCCCUUAAGGAACAGUACGAUUUGUAUAACAAAAAACUUACCAAAACUCGCGUUGAAAUCUAUUGCUCUGGUCUUUCAUUUCACGACGUUAUGCUCGUUACCGGUCGUAUACCCUCUGGUCCGGAGCAGUUAUUUAAUGACUGCAUAUUAGGCUGUGAAUACGUGGGCCGUCGAGCGGACACCGGGGAACGGGUGAUGGGUAUUGAGUUGGGUCGGUGUUACGCCACGUCAAUUAAUGCGGGCACUCAUAGUAUGACUACCGUUCCCGAGCACUGGUCAAUGUUAGAGGCGUCCACUAUACUCAGCACUUAUAGCACUUUGUAUUACGCGCUCAUCAAAAGGGCUCAUUUGAAACAAGGCGAAAGUAUAUUAAUUCAUUCGGCGGCGGGAGGUGUGGGACAGUCGGCGAUAAACAUGUGCCGACAUUACGGGUGCGAUAUCUACGCAACGGUUGGCACGAAAGAGAAAAAGGAGUUCCUUAUGACAGAGUAUAACAUACCGGAGAACCAUAUAUACAGCUCCAGAGAUAUUCUGUUCAAGAAUCAGAUUAUGGAGGCGACGAAAGGUCGGGGCGUCGAUAUUGUGCUCAACUCCCUGGCCGGUGAGAAACUGGACCUCAGCUACGAGUGUGUGGCCAACAGCGGGAGGUUUGUGGAGAUCGGUCGGUACGACAUGUUUCAGAACCGGAAGAUCGGAAUGUUUGACUUCUUGAGGAAUAUUCAGUUCAUCGGAAUAGUCAUCGAUAUAGUGCUGAUGGAAGACAAGGGCUUCUUCAGCGACUUCUUCGAGUGGUUGCACAACAACUGUACCAAUGGUUGUGUGAAACCAAUUAAUUACACCAUAUUUGGGGCCAAAGAGGCCGAUAAGGCUUUCCGUUAUAUGACAACCGGUAAACACAUCGGGAAAGUAGUCAUCAAAAUGAGGGACGAAGAGAGCACGAGAGGGCCGUUGAGACACAUCAUACCGGCGCUGCCUCUCAGGGCUAAUGUUAAGACGUUUUUCAAUCCAAACAAAGUCUAUAUAAUAACCGGAGGUUUGGGUGGUUUUGGACUCGAGUUGAUUCCAUGGAUGCAAUACUUCGGCGCCAGAAAAUUUGUGGUCACUUCCAGAUUUCAAGAACUGUUUGGAGAAAUUAAAUAUUUUACGACCGAUUGGGUCGUAUCGACGGCUAAUUGUCUGACUCCUGAAGGCUCCCAACAACUGGUAAAUGAGGCGAAAGGGUUGGCACCCAUUGGAGGGGUGAAGAGUAUAACAGUGGGAAUGCUGAAGGACUACCAAAACGGGAACGUUGUUACUAUUAAAAAGCACCUGGAUGACAUCAAACUUGCUCGUAAGGGUCUAUUAAAACAAAAGUUUAUUAUUCCUACCGACGCCUACGUCCGGCUCAAUGGGGUAACCACUGGACGUCCUGUAUAUUUCAUGCCUACCCUUGGGCUCAGUUUUUCGAUGUUUGAGGAAUUGGCUAAAAAGCUCGACCGCCCGGCCAUUGGUCUCAAUUGGACCCGCGAGUUGAGCCAACUGACCACGCUCAAAGGUGUUAAUAAAUACUAUAUAACCCUGCUCAAUGAGCUGGAACCUAAUGGCAAGUACGAUGUGGUGGGCUAUUUCGAUACGGCGCUCAUAUGCGCCAAGUUAUUGGCCAAACGUAUGGCACAUAAAGCGGUGAUCAUAGACAUCGUAAACGACAUGCGCUUCACGGAUGAAGAGCUCACCGAAGACUUUAUGCUGGAGUUUAUGGUGACCCUGAUGUCGGCCGACAUACCCGACACGUUCAAAGAGAAAAUGAACAGGGAGAUGAAAAAGGAGCCAGAUCUAAAAGCAAAGGUUAAACACAUGGUUAAUGAGAUCGUGGACUUCGCGGGCACCGGACUGGUAGCCACAGAUAUGGAGGAGAUUUUCCACAUAAUGUUGGGUCGCAUUCGUAUGCUAUCGGAGUAUAGACUGAAUAAAAAGCGAAAGUUUGCGGCGAAACUAAAGCUCCGAAUCGCCGAGAAAUGGGCUAAAAUUAGCGGCAAAUUGGUGUUCAUUAAGCCGUUUAAGUUCGACGACGUCGACGAUAUCGAGAUGUUUGUCGACAGAGCGCGUGAAUUGUAUUUUUUGCCUGGCUCACAUGAUGGUUAUGAUAAUAUUCACGUUGAAAGCGUAGACACUAUUGGUGCAGUUAAUAAUAUGACCAUGGAGAUUACUGAGAAAGUCGAGGCAGCCCUUAAAUAAAUAAUUAAGACUUUUAAACUGGAAGAUUUCUACUUGAUUCAAUAUGCUAUAACUACAACUAUUUUAGACACAAUAUUGACU